CAGGACAGGGUUACGGACGCAGCUACGCCUCAGUAUGCCGUAUGGGGAGCAUUCGCAUGACGUGCGCCAAUGGCUGCCACAACAACUGGCCCAUCUAACUGGACGUUGUCGGUGCCUUCCUGAACGCCCUCUGCGACAGAGAUGUGUACAUCAGACCCGCCCCCGGUACAUUCUCCAAGAACUCCGCGACGGGAGAACCCAUGGUGUACAAACUAGAACGGAGCCUCUACGGCCUAUCGCAGUCGCCGGCGUUCUGGAACGACAUCCUGGACGAGUCUCUCACGGUGUAUGGAUGGAAAAAUGACUCAAUCCGACCCCUGCGUGUACGUGUAUACCAGCGGCAACAUCAUCGUGAUUCUCACGGUCUACGUAGACGACAUUUCAUCACGGGAGGAGACCAGCAGCUCGUGGACCAGAAGAAGAAGGAGCUCACGGAUCGAUUCGAGAUGACCGACAUGGGAGAGGAAGCAUCCUCUACCUGGCCCAGUGAACAUGACAGCAGCCAAGCACGGGGUAAUCUAGUUCUUCCUUUCGUCUACAAGAGAGGACAGUGUCGGCUAGCGGCGUUUACGGAUUCAUCCUUCGGAGCAAACCCCGACAACGGAAGAUCUACCACGGGAUAUCUCUUCUUUCUGGCUGGAGGACUCAUCAGCUACGGUGCGAAGACUCAAACUCUAACCGCGCAAAGCACGGUCGAAGCCGAGAUUCAAGCACUUAGCUACUCAGCCAGAGAGGCGGUCUACAUCUCAAAUUUUAUGACGGAACUCAACUUCAAGACCUUCGGAUCGGUUCCCAUCAACAGCGACAGCACCGGAGCGCUGACAGUGGCCGGGAAUGCCAUGCACUCUCAACGCACGAAGCACGUGGCCCUGAGGUACUUUUUCAUCCGGGAGCUAGUACUACGGGGACAAAUCACUCUUCACCACCGGCCCAGCGAGCACCAGUUGGCUGAUAUCGCGACCAAGUACCUCCCAAAGCACCGAUUCGCCUCCAUCAUUCAGUCGAUCAAGGACUUCUCGUGUUGAUCGAAGAUCUGUGAAGCUUCCUUCUAUACCCGCCAUACCAUAAGGAAUAUAUUUUCGAUACGAUGCCAACGGAGGGGUCGAGGUAGACAAGGAUAUGGUGAU